AUGACUGGUGCAUGUUUAGAAAAGCUGCUAAGGUCCAUCGGCAUCUUCUUAUCAGCUGUAAGCAGCAAUCGGUACCUUAUAGAAUUUCUUGAGGUUGGAGGUGUCCUAACACUCUUGGAAAUACUUGGGCUGGAGAAGACCAAAGAGGAGGACAAGAAGGAAGCCAUCAAGCUACUUCAGGUUAUUGCAAACUCUGGCAGGAAGUACAAGGAGCUCAUCUGUGAAAGCUAUGGUGGGUACCGCAUAUGGCAAGGGUGUCCAUUCCCAUGUUCCCCUCGGGGCCUGGGUGAGAUGGUGGCAGCACCCACCACUGCCAGAGGAAAAAGCAGUAUAGAACUGGUGGCACAGGAAGCAUUUUGUACAUCAAUCAUUGGAACCACACACCCCAGCAUCGUGGACUGUGUGCUGAAGGUACUGGGCACGAUGCACCUGGAAGUCCAGUAUGAAG